UUUUUUUUCUUUUUUUCUUUUUCUUAUAUAUUACACAGCUAACUAUGGCUAAUUUACAUAAUAAUCCUCACCUAGAAUUGCCCCCUUCUUAUAACCAACAACAAUUUGUUUCUACUUUUCCUAAAAUACCUUCUCAAGAUGAAGCAUUACCGAGCUAUUCUGUCGCUACUAGUAGUAUAAAUAAUAAUAGUACUAUGCCACUAUCUAUGCCUAUACCUCAACAUCAACAAGGAAUUCCUCCUCCUGCUGCUGUAAUGCAUUAUGGAAGUGUAGCACCUCCAAGUGCAAAUAAUACAUUGACUCAACACUUAAUAGUUCAGCCAUUAACUGCAUUGAAAACAACAUCAGAUCUCGUCCAAUGUCCUUUCUGUCAUCAAAUUGUUUAUACAAGUUUAGAUUACGAAAGUGGAUUAUGCACAGGCUUAUCAGUAGGUGGACUCUUUUUUGCUGGAUGUCAUAGUGGUGGCUGUCUUUUACCUUUUUUAUUCCCUUGGACAAAAGACAUUACUCAUCAAUGUCCAUCAUGCAAGCAAAAAAUAGCUACAUUUACAAGAUUGGAAAGAGACAUUCGAAUUACUACGCCACUUCUUCCCUCUUCUUCCAUAUAAGUUGUAAAUUAUGUAAUAAAGCGUACUUUUAAAAAAAUGAA